GACAAGUACUUCGACGAGCAAUAUGAGUACCGACAUGUGAUGCUGCCAAGAGAACUUUCAAAAAAAGUGCCAAGAUCCCAUCUUAUGUCUGAAGAGGAGUGGAGACAACUUGGUGUUCAGCAAAGUCUUGGCUGGGUUCACUAUAUGAUCCAUGACCCAGAACCACAUAUUCUUCUCUUCAGAAGACCUCUUCCAAAGGAUAAGCAGAAAUGA